AUGCCGCCAGUAUUUCAAUUUGAAGACUACGCGCAGUGUAUGAGUAAACCGGACGGCGUGUACUGCAUGACGAAAUUCGCCCUUGUUUCAGACACUAACAGUGAACUUUUAUAUAUGAUUCAAAAGCUGAAAGAUAGCUGUUUGGGUGUGAAAUUGGGUGACAUAAAAGUAAAUUGUCUGCUGUAUGCUGAUGAUGCAGUGCUUAUUGCACCAUCAGAGGCAGAACUGCAGGCAUUAGUCACGUGUAUGAAAGAGGAAUGUGAAAUUAAAGGUCUCCGUUUGAAUGCUAAUAAUAUUAAAGUUCUGGUAUUUGAAAGGGACGAAGAGAGAACGAAGUGUGAAAUAUGGAACUUCUCUGAACACCGAAUCAGACACUACAACCAUUCAAAACUGCAUUACGGAGUAUGUCUUACAAAAACAUGCGCGGAAUAUUAUUAUGAUGGAGAUAAAAAACGGGACACAAGAGUAGCCCUUGAGGGAUGCCUAAACAAUACGUUCUGGAAAAAAUAUAAGUUGAAAACGAAAGUAUUGGAAGUCGUGGAUUACAACAAUGAAGAUAAUAAAUUAAAUAUAGGAUAUGGGGACUGUGCAAUAGCUAUUCUUUGUUUUGCUCUGUUGACGUUGAAUCUUAUUGGGAGCAUUUACGAUAUAUUCUAUAUACAAAAAAGAGAAAAACAGGGUAACAAGGUUCUUCUAGCUUUCUCCAUCAAACGUAAUUGGGAAAAAUUAUUCGCCCCCGACUUUUACAACCCUCGUUUGAAGCGCUUAAAAGUAUUCCAUGGUGUCAGGUGA